GCGCCGGCGACGCGCGGGGGAGGCACCGGCCGUCGGCUAUUCUGAUCUUUUUUCGUGCCGGUGGCCAUGGACAAUGUAGUGGCAUCAGAAUCCAAGAAGCGGAGGUGUGACGAGCCCGAAUUGCAAGAACCUCCAGCGAUCAGGGAUGGUGCUGGCAGCGGAGAUGAUGUAAAUCUCGAACUCAUCAGCCGCCUCCCCGAUGAGAUCCUCGGCAGCAUUAUCUCCCUCCUUCCCAUCAAGGACGCCGCACGGACAACCCUUCUCUCCUCACGGUGGCGCCACCUUUGGCGCUCCGCCCCGCUCAACCUCUCCGUAGACCUCAACCUUUCCGUACAAGAACGCAAGUUCAUCCCCAUCGUCUCCAACAUCCUUGCCACACACCUUGGCCCAGCUCGCCGCCUCUCUCUUGACAACAUCUGCCUCCGCCAUGACCUGUACUCCAAGUUCGACAGCUGGUUCCGAUCCCCCGUGCUUGAUGGCCUCGAGGAGUUUGAGUUCUAUGGGACCAUCAUGCCACCGCGCCCGCUGCCCCCGUCUGCUCUUCGCUUCGCGCCUACCCUGCGCUUCGCCAGCAUCGGCGGCUGUGAUUUCCCCGAGAUUAAUGCUGCCCCUGCGCUUCUUCUCCCUCGGCUGAAGCACCUCAAGCUCUGGAAUGUUACCAUCUCGGAGGCAGCCAUCCACCAUCUGUUGGCUGGCUGUACUAUGCUCGAGAGCCUUCAGCUUGAGGAGCUCCAUGGGUUCAGCAGCGUCCGGAUCGUCUCACCGACUCUUCGGAGUAUUGGUGUCUCUGUUUCUUAUCGGAUUUCUGAAACAGAUAUUGUGUUCGAGGAGCUUAUCAUUGAGGAUGCACCUUGCCUUGAGAGAUUGGUUCCAUUUGGAGCAGAGGGUGGCCCGAGAAGAAUCAGGGUCAUCGCGGCGCCGGAAUUGAUGGUGUUUGGAUACCUGUCCAGCGGAAUUUCCAGAAUUGUGCUUGGAAGCAUAAUUGUUAAGGAAAUGGUCCCCAUCAGCUUGAUUGCGUCCAUGCGCAAAGUGAAAAUCUUGGUUCUACAAUCCAUUGGUCCCAAUCUGGACUCGAUUGUUGGACUCCUUAGAUGCUUUCCCUGCAUGGAGAAGCUAUACAUCCAGUCAUGUCCUUACAAAGAUAUUGAGAAUGUGCGGCAAUAUGACACACUUGAUCCUAUGGAAUGCCUUGAACUCCAUCUCAAAGUAAUAGUAUUAAACACCUAUCAAGGCAAGAGACCAGAUGUUAACUUCGCCAAGUUCUUUGUUUUGAAUGCAAAGGUGCUCAAGGUAAUGAAAUUUGGCGUCUGUGUUAGUUUCAACAAGAAAUGGAUGGCUAAUGAACGCAGGCGGCUACAACUGGAUAGGAAAGCUUCUAGAGAUGCUAGAUUUCAUUUUGAACGUGAUAGUGGAUUGUGCGAACUUUACUAUAACAAGCACAUCCAUGAUAUGUGGAUGGCUGAUCCUUUUGAUAGCUCGCUGUGUAAGUGCUGCCGACCUGUUUGAUGCCCUUUCAUGUGACGUCUGGUUGUGUUCUCCUCUAUGUUGAUCCAAACAUUUAAAUGUGUUUAUCUGUAAUGAUCUUUUGUGUACGCAA